GGUGGCGAACGACGGUGGUGGUGGUGAUGGUGGUAGUGGUAGUGGUGGUGGUGGUUGUUCGAAAGCCCUUCCCCCACCAUUUCCCCACAGCGUCUCGACGCCGCGGCUCGGACUCCACCGUUAGAGCGUCGUUUCAGUUACCAACAGACCGCGCGAUCGUUCGCAUCGCCGACGCGAAGCAAGAGGGGGAGAGAGAGAAAGAGAGCGCGAGAGAGAACGAGUGAAAGGAAGAGAGUGAGAGAGAAAGAAAGGAGUGCGCGAGUGUGGCGCGUCGUGCAUAUGCGCGCAAAAAGGAGCGAAAGAGAAGGAUCAAAAUAAUACGAGAGAAAGACAACAUCAGGGAGAGGAGAGAGAAAGAGAAAAGAAGAAGAAGAAGAAGAAGAGAGCAAGCAAACUAUGUUACGAGUCGUCUUCGCCGUCGCUGUCGUCGUCGUCGUCGUGCCGCUCGGUCUCGCCUGAACAAAGGAAGGUUCUUCUCCCUCGGCUCUCCGCAUCGAGGGUCGUUUCCGAUCGACGAACCGUCGGGAUCCUUCCUCGGGUGUCUUCGGCACGGCUCGUGUGCGUCGGGCGCGCACGAAGCGGUCAGUCACGUAGCAGCGGCCGAGACGUGAGGAACAAAGGACGGUGGCAGGAUCCGCGCGCGCGAAAGAGGGUAGACGAGCGCGGUGCGCGGGGUAAUGAGACAAGCGUUGUACGCGGCGGUCGUUUGCGCGUCACUCCCGGCGACAUUGUUGACACUCACGGCCGGAAAGCGGCCAGUGGAAACUCGUCCGAUCGAGAUCUCGAGUCUCCCGAAAAGAGAGUAGAGGGAGGAAGGAAGAGAGGGAGAGAGAGAGAGAGAUUUCGACAGACGCGUCGCGAGCUCGACUUGUGUAUUGUGCGUUGUUUUUUUUUUGCUUUUUUUAUACUUUUUUAUCCUGACGAUACAACACCCCAGUGCGACGAUCCCGAGGUAAGGAGAGAAAGAAAGAGCGAGAGGAAGAAAGAAAGAAAGGAGCGGUAGCGUACCUGCCCGUCGAACAUCCUUCGAAAGGGACACGAUUUGUGAGUGAAAGAGAGAAAGAGAGUGCGGUGGAAUGAGAUAAGAGAAGAAAGAAGGAACGAGACCCCGGAUUUUUCGGCCUGCCUGCCUGCCUGCGCGACAAACCGGCGACCUAACCUAACGACAACGAGAAGUGCGCGCGAGAAUCGAAGGGAAGGAGAGAGAGAGAGAGAGAGAGAGAGAAUCUCGUUGUGCGCGGGUCAGGGGAGAGCGGGAGCCGAAAGGACGAAAGUGAAAAGGCGAAAGAAAAGUCGGAGCGCUUCUCCGCUCCGGGGGUUUUUUUAACGGCGUCGUGGAUUUUUCGUGUGACAUGUGCCGCAGAGUGUACCGCGACUGAAGAAGGGAGACUCGACGGAGAAGUUCAACGUUUAUUCGGCAGCGCACGGAUUAUCCUCGUGUUUACGGGAUGCCGGUUGACUGAAGAUGGCCUCGCCGACACCCUCAUUGGAAUCGCGCGCAAAUUCCCUCGGGUCCCCGGUCUCGCUGUCCCCAGUAACGGUGAGCGGCAGCUCGCCGCCUGCUAGCGAUUCGGCGAUCUGUGACGUCGACAGCUGCGACUUGUGCCUCGACGCACCAAAGUCUGGCGAAGAUCCGUGCCCACGCUGCCGGCUGGGUAGCACCGGUGGCACCAGUCGCAUCCGUUGUACCGGCUGCAAAACCGGCGCCACUGAAGUUGGAGCACAGCCACUGGCUGUAGCGCGUUGUUACGAUUGUGAUCAGUUUCUCUGUCCAAAUUGCGUGAUGGCGCAUCAAUUCAUGCUCUGCUUCGAAGGCCAUCGAUUAUUGAACUUGGCCGAUUCCAAAUUGGAGACUGUCGGCAGCGGUGGCAGUGGAAGCGGCGGCGGCGGCGGCGGCGGAGGUGGUGGUGGUGGUAGUAACGGUGGUACGAUCACCGCGACGACAGAACUGUCUAAAAAUGUCUGUAACGGCAGCAGCGGUGGUGGCGGAGGAGGUGGCGGCAAUAAUCUAAUUAUCAAUGGCACCGGCAACAGUAAUAACGGCAGCAACGCCGAAAAGAUACACUUUUGUUUGCGACACAAGCAGGAAAUAAUCAAGUAUUUCUGCCGAAGCUGCAACGUACCGAUUUGCAAAGAGUGCACGUUGACGGAUCACGUGGCGCCGCUACACGACUGUGCUCAUGUCUCGGAGGUAGGCACGCAACAGCUGGAGGCGUUGUCGCGGGUUGUUCAGGAGUGCCGUGCGAAGGCGGCGGACGCGCGUGCGGUGGUCAAAGCGACGGACCAUAACGCCGCAAUACUACAGGUGCAGUAUCACAAGGCGCAGAAUGAGAUUAAUGAUACCUUCCAGUUCUACCGAUCGAUGUUAGAUGAGCGCAAGCAGGAGCUGCUGAAGGAACUCGACUCGGUGUUCUCGACGAAGCAGAUCUCCUUGAACGUGCUCUCUCAGCGAGCCAACGAGAUGGUAGAUAAGAUUAUGCAGACCUGCGACUUUGUCGAGCGUGUCACCAAAGUCACCACCAUCACCGAUUUCCUCAUGGUCAAGAAGAUCCUUGAAGCCAAGCUUCAGUCACUGCUCAAUUAUACGCCGAACACAGACAUAGCCAAUCAAACCGCGGACCUCGAGUUCGUCAGCAAUUAUCAGGCUAUACAAGUGGGAGUAAGAAACACUUUCGGUUACGUUCGGAGUAAUAGCAACAGCGAAAACAACGCCGGUUCGAUCGGCAAACAGCCACCUAUCGCGCGACCUACCGCUCUGUCGAGCAAUGGCAUUGGUAGCAGUAACAACAGCACCAUUAGUAACGGUCCCGGAAGCGGCGCCGGUUCAUUGGGCAGUCUUCUCUUAGAUCGAACUUAUAGUAACGGCCUGAUCUCCUCCAGUAUGAAUUGCGGCUCGUCAUCAUCUCCUUCCUCAAUCGACACCGUCAGCAGCGUGAUAUCUAAACGUUUCAGUUCGGCCAACAGUCUCGGCCCGUUCUCCACGACGAUCAGCGACGUGAAUCUGAACGGCAUGAAUGCUAAUCCCUAUGAGAAAUGGAGCAACGGUGGUAGCGACACUUAUCCAGUCGUGACGACAAACGACCAUUUCGCGAUGCCAUCGGUAGCCGUAGCGACGAACGCCACACCAGGCGAUUCCGUCCUUGAUUUGACCUCGAAAUUGAUGUCCGCCACCGCGAUAUUCCCCCCAAAAUCGCAGAUCAAACGGCAGAAGAUGAUCUACCAUUGUAAAUUCGGCGAAUUUGGUGUGAUGGAAGGCCAGUUCACCGAGCCGUCAGGCGUCGCGGUGAACGCGCAAAACGAUAUCAUCGUUGCCGACACGAACAAUCAUCGUAUUCAGAUCUUCGACAAGGAGGGCAGAUUCAAAUUUCAAUUCGGCGAGUGCGGCAAACGCGACGGUCAAUUGCUCUAUCCAAAUCGCGUCGCUGUCGUGAAAACGUCCGGUGACAUUAUCGUUACGGAACGCUCACCGACUCAUCAGAUACAGAUUUACAAUCAGUAUGGUCAAUUUGUACGCAAGUUUGGCGCGAACAUUCUCCAGCAUCCACGUGGCGUCACCGUCGAUUCGAAGGGACGAAUCGUCGUCGUAGAAUGCAAGGUGAUGCGUGUCAUCAUCUUCGAUCAGACCGGCAACGUUCUACAAAAAUUCGGCUGCUCGAAACAUCUCGAAUUCCCGAACGGCGUGGUGGUGAACGAUAAACAGGAGAUCUUUAUCAGCGACAAUCGCGCCCAUUGUGUCAAAGUUUUUAACUACGAGGGGGCUUACUUGCGGCAGAUUGGCGGUGAGGGUAUCACCAACUAUCCGAUCGGUGUGGGCAUCAAUACGCAUGGCGAAAUUUUAAUAGCGGACAAUCAUAAUAAUUUCAAUCUGACCAUCUUCACGCAGGAUGGUCAGCUGGUCUCGGCUCUUGAGAGCAAGGUGAAGCACGCGCAAUGUUUCGAUGUGGCGCUAAUGGACGACGGCUCGGUCGUGUUGGCCAGUAAGGAUUACCGGCUUUACAUAUAUCGCUAUGUACAAGUACCGCCGAUCGGCAUGUAGAGCAGUGACGCGUCACGACGACGACGAUGAUCGUCGUGCGCCAAUGUCAACAUCUUUUCAUCGUCUCAUCAUCGCCAUCAUCAUCGCCACUUUUCGUCACUGGAUGGUCGUAUGGCCAACAUUUAUCGAUCUUUCUUCUCACCUACAUUCACCUGUCUUCUACGUCUGUUUCAACGCCAACGCUCGCGCAUUCAAUGCAUCAUCUACUCAUCAUCAUCUUCGCUCGCCCUACCUACGAGACGUUUCAAGCCGACCAUGAGAAAAGAAGCGCAUCACUUAUUGCUCCAUAUACGACUCUCAAGGGACCGAUUCCCGAGUGUCGUUCACGCGGCAAGAAAUUGGGAGUCCCCUCGCCGGAACUUUCCCGAGGCGCUCCUCUUGUGGACUCUGCCAAACGACGGACAUCACCGACGGUAUGCGAGAAAGUACGCGCGCGCUUCCCUCGAUAUUCUUCUUGCGUUUCCGCGAGCUGCCCCUUUUCGUCCCGCGUGGACGAGCGGAAAGAAAGAGGAGAAACGCGUGACGCUUUGUGUGUACAGUCCUCGCGACGCUGGGCUGUCCAAGACCCGCAAACAAGAGAAAGAAAGAAAGAAAGAAAGAAAGAAAGGGAGUGAAAGAGGGAGAGAAAGAGAGAGAGAGGACGUAAAAAUCAACCCUGCCCCGACAAAUUCGCGCGCGCUCCUUUCUUCGUGCGUACGCGCCGUAUAUAUGCGUUUCGCGUACGCGAUAACUUACUUGUUAAUGUUGUUAUAAUACUGAAAAUACUGUUGUUGUUGUUUAGUUGUAGAGCUCGCCGCCGCUAGUCACUUCCCCCCCCCCUCGCCUUCCACCCUCUGCUCCUCUUUCCUUCACGCCCGUUACCAUUCUCCCAAUUCCCGUUCCCGCAUUUCCUACACUAACCCAUCUUGGUCUUCUCUCUGAGACCUCGUCCGACGAUUACAUCAGGAAGCGCGUUUCCACUCGUCACGACGACAUGGUCCACACUUAACUAACACACGCAUCGGGUCUUUACGCAUGCCCGAAUCCACGCGCGUUUACCACAUUUUCGUUACUCUCCUCGACGGUGGUCGACCACGACCGUCGCGCUCGGGUCACUUCCGGUCAUCGCGCUUCGAAAUGUCUCCCUCCAAGUGCCGUGCGAGGUUCGCGAGAAACGUUCGUUUGUCGCGCGAACAUUCGUUUCGUUGUAUAUCUCGUGAGAUUAUACAUUGCAGAGAUUUUGAGAUCCAAAGCGAAAUCCAACGAUUUUGCGCAAACCGCCUUCAACAAGUUUGAUCUUGUCCCACGGGACAUGAGACUGAUUACCGUGAGUAUUGCAGGGUCUUUAUUACUCCGGUAAGCUUUAUCUUACCUGCGGUCUUCGUUAAACGACUUUGUUUCCCAAAUUGUCCAUACGUUUUCUAUGGACAAUUUUUUGAUCUUACUGCGUAAGACGUCAAAUUGAUCCAUGUAUUAUUAAUAGUAUUUAUAAUACUUUAACAAAAAUAGUGAAAUUGUUGGAGAAAUUGAUUAAUAAUUUUAUCAUUAUAUUUCAAUAAAAUUUAAUAUAAUAUGUCGACACAUUUGGGUAGCAGACUCGCUGAAGAUUGUUGAAUUUAUUCAGAUUUAUAAGAUUGGGCGCAUUUACGACUGCUGAUUUUCCGAGAUCAUUUGACCGAAUAUCAUGAGAUGCGAGAAUCGUCCCGCGGAUUCUAAAUAACCGGACGGCAGAACAUCUUGUGUGCUGCGGAUUGAUAUUCCCGUUGCUGAAUUUGCCCUUCGCUUCCCAUCUCAUCCGCUUUUCCCUUUCGUUUUGUAAUGAUUAUCGACAAUUCCUAUGGAAACUGAUCCUGAGGUGCAUUUCGUAACUAUGACAGCGUUUCAUUAAACGGUUAUUGCGCGCGUUAAUUUUUUUGUUUCUUAUUAUUGAUUAGUUUUACUUAUUUAAUUUUUCCGCACCUCACCCGAACCCGUACGUUGGUCUUUAUCAUAUUUUGUCGCGAAAUUGUGCCGACUUACGCUAAAUUUUUGGUCAUACGAUAAUAUUACUUUCUUCUCUCAGUUUACGUGAUAAAUUUAAUAACUUUUUGUCGGCGAGUAUGUGCUAAGUGCUUGUCGACGGUAUCGUUUGUUAUAUUUACAUAUUUUGUCACGACGGCCAAGGUAUUCGCGGGCAAUGAUUGCAAAUAACGUUAACGCUUAAAAAUGAGAUCCUGAAUUCAUAGAUAACCCAGAUAAUUUAGAUAGUACUAAAGAUUUUUUAACUGCACAGGAAUCGCAAGAAUUUCAUAAAGAAUGGUGUUGUAGUAUUACAAAAAAUGAAUCUCUAGAAAAGAAAUAAGAUGCUUGACGUUUGAUCCAUGCAUAAAGAAAAAGCCGAUUGCGUAUAUCGAUAGUAGAUUCAUCAUAGCUCAUUUCUCGACUCUCAUAGCAAAAAAUGAUGCAAUCGUUUUAACAUAACCACUAUCCUCAUCAAUGAUAUAAAAACGGGAGACGAAUUCUAUCGUUCUCGCCAACUUCCCAUUUUACGGCAAAAAAUCCUUCCUUUUUCUUUUUUAUUAGCGUAGUUAGUAUCGUAGCGCAUAUAGUAGCUAUUAGCCGUUUUUUAGCAAUCGUGUAAGAUUUUCUUUUUUGCUCUGUAUCUCGUUCUCUUGAUAGUUACGUUGUCACAGCCUAAUGCAUCUUUUGUUCUUCUCUCUUUUUUAUUUGUGUCGCUGCGCUUAAAGAAAAAAAAAAGAAUGCGUUGCUGCUGCUUACGUUUUUAGAUUUUGACGAAACCACCGUCUACCCCAAUCAACCAACGAUGACAACCACUAUCACUAUCACUACCACCGUCCUCCGAUUCCCACCCGACUGUCGCGCAGCCGUUUUAGGUCUGCGCUGGUCGUUUUUUUCACUCGAAAAAAAAAAA